AUGGUAAGUCAGAUAGAAGCAACACACACACAAACACCACAUACUCAAAUUGUAUUAAGUCAGACAAACACCACAUACUCAUAUGAUUUGGAAUGGAGAUCCACUUUAGUUAAUAGUGACUCAUUUGAUAACCCAGUUGGCCACAAGAAUUCAAGGAAUUUCCCAGUUGAAUCAAAGACACAAGUAGCCAGUCCAGUUCAUGUUGGAAUAUACCAUCUCUCAAGUGGAUUGGUUGAUCAGAUCAAUGACUUCCAUCCCAUUCCCUCUGAACUUCUGCCUGUGCCUCACGAUGGUUACGUGGUGUUUAACGGCAUGUACUACAUGUCUCAGAAUCCCAGGAAACCGCAGGCAGGAGACAUCCGAGUGAGCUAUAAAUAUGCUGGAAUAAGUGGAGAGUCGACACUAGGGAAACCUGAUGUGGUGAGCAUUAUAGGCAAGCAGUCUGGUAACUCCAUUGUUCUUUAUGAAGCUGAUCAUGGCUAUGAUUUGCUCUUUCUCUACAUGGGAAGACAUUCCCCAGAGGCAAUAUUUUCUAAGGAACAGCAGAAGAACACUAUGAUUUCCUGGGCUGUGAGAUUUGGGGGCUGGCUGCUAAUGUUUGUAGGAUUUGGAUGUUUAACAAGUAUCAUCAGAACUCUAGUUGAUUGGUUGCCAAUAAUUCGUGAGCUGGUGGCCAUUGGAGUAACCAUGAUGAACCUUUGUUUAUCCAUCAGCCUGUCUCUAACAGUGAUAGCCAUUGGCUGGAUUGCUUACCGUCCAUUAAUGGGAAUAGCCAUUUUAGCAAUGGCUGCCACACCGUUCUUUAUGGCUAAAUUUAAAUCAAGGGGGUCCCAUGGACACACUUCUUAUGAUUGACAGUGUAACUUCUUUAUAUUUAGGUAGAUUUUUUUUCUACCCAUCAAAAAGUGUCUUUCAUUCAAACUGUCUUCAUAUAAAUAUUGUAUUCAGUAUUUUGUUCUAGUUUUGAUAUAUUAUACUAGUAGUUGUUUUUUCCUGAUUUUUUUCUUCAUGUUCUCCAUUAGAUGAUUUUUUUUAAAGAAAACAGGGCUCAAAUAUUUGUCAUUUUUCAUUCUGUAAAUUCAACAUUACCAUGCUUGUAAAAAGCCCUUUAGGGGUACAGUAUUUCUCUUUAUGUUUUAGAAUGCAGUGUUUUGAUUAACUUAAUAGAUUGUGUAUUCCACAGAGAGACAGACUGAUAGGGAAGAGACAAUAAUAAAAAUUCUCCCUAAAAUUUUCCAAGACAAUUGGUUUAAACAUAGUUUUGUUGAUAAUUGUAAAUUAAUACAUGUACCGGUAUGUAGCAUUAAAAAAACCACCUGAGACCUCCAAAUAGGACUUGCCAAAUCCAUCUGAAAUGGAAAUCCACGAACUUCCCUUGUAGAUGCAUAGUAAAUAUUGCAUUUUCUCUUUUUUUAUUAGCACAAUCCAGGUAUUUAUUAUGGAUUUGUUAGUUGUCCAUCUGUGCUUAAUUACAUGUAUUCACAUCACAGCUUAAAAUCUCAUUAAUCAUAAGUAAAAGGCAAUCGUUGAAACUAGUGUAAAAUCACAUUUAAACUAAAAUUUUAAACAUUUAAACUACGCAGAAAAAUACUGUAUACAGGGAAAUUUUCGCCCCCAUUUUAUUUUUGCCUUAAUCACAGUUGGGUGAAUUUAAAACAGGACAAAUUCAAAGAAAACAAUAUAAUUUAAUUCUUAAACAGAACUGAAUUUGGGCGACUUUAAAAUAGGAAAAAUUGUUUGCAAGUUUAAAAGGGCGAAAAUAACCCUGUUUACAGUAUAUGUAUUUAUUCUUUUUAGUUAUACAUGUACACUGUAAAUUAUGAAAGAAACUGUAAUGUAUACAAAAUUCUUAUAUCUUUGCCUUUGGUUAUUAAUGUAAAAAAAAAUCAUUUUAUUAGAAAUAAAAUAAAUGAUUUAUCACUGCAAGUGCAAUGAGCUCAGUGAUAGUUUAAUUCAAUUAGUUAGAAAAAUUAUCAUUGGGAUUUAUAAAAGUACACAUAUAGCAAUGUUUUUGUUGAAUUUGUUCUCUUAGUAUUAGUUAUUUGUUUAAUUAUACAUGUAUGUAAUACAUUGUAUAUUGAUUUUGUUUAAAUUUUUUCUGUUCUUUAGGAAGUAAAUACUAGUAGUGUUCUAAGGUGAUUGGAAAGAAGUAAUAGUAGUCAUUGUAUAUUUGAUAUUUAUAAGAAGUUUUUGUUGAAUAUAUUUUACUGGAGAUACCCUUUUUGUCAUUUAUCCUAGUGGGAUAGUUAAUUUUGAUAGCUUUUGAUUAUUUGCUUUAUAUUUACACUUGUGAUAAGCAAUAUUUAAGCCUCAGUAAAUUUUGUCUUAUAAAAUGAUUCAAUAAUAAAAAAAAACAUC